CCGGACCCUGUUGGUGUCGGACGCCCUAGGGGAGACUGAAACAUGGAGACGGCAGGUUCCGGGUCUGUGGAGGCCUCCUCUCCACUGGAGGCUCGGGGCUCCACGGAAGACCGGCUUUUCUUGGUUAAAGGUGGAAUCUUCCUGGGUUCUGUUGCUGCAGCAGGGAUGCUAGCUGGAUUUGUUACAACAUUGUCACUGGCUAAAAAGAAAAGCCCUGAAUGGUUCAAUAAGGGGAGUGUGGCCACAGCUGCCUUACCAGAGAGUGGGUCUUCUCUUGCCUUGCGAGCCCUGGGCUGGGGCUCACUUUAUGCCUGGUGUGGGGUUGGCGUGAGCAGCUUUGCAGUCUGGAAAGCUUUAGGAGUUCACACAAUGAAAGACUUUCGAAGUAAAAUGCAAUCAAUAUUCCCAACAAUUCCCAAGAACUCCAGAUCAGCUGUUGAGUGGGAGGAUGCGUUGAAGUCCAAAUGAGAUGAGCACAGAUGAAUUCUGAAGCGAUCACUGCAGAAAGGGUGGCUUUGGAGGCAGCACAGCUGAAAAGGGACUGUGAGUGCUUUCUCCCGAGGACCCAUGCAGAUUGUCGGUGGCAUUCAGCCUCCCCCUGAGCAGGCGGUCUUCCUCUGCAUCUGUGGCUUUAUUGGAGAGGGGCAGGUUUCCUAAAGUUAAGUAUUUAAAAAUAAUUAUUGGGAUAACUUCCACAGAUGGAGAGAUUCCAGAGGGAAAUAGCUCUGGUUAUAAGAAUAAACCAUGUUUCAUACCUGAAAAAAAAGUGUAUUGUAAAAGUCUGAUAGUAAAUCUUUACAAGUAGCUCUAUUACAGCAUUAAAACCUGAGUCUUUCUUGUCAGUAUACAACCAAGAAUUUGGAAGAACUGUUCUAUUAGCCAGACUCCUAAAUACCAGGUUCAGUGGUGAGUCCAGAACAGCAGGGAGUGAGUGCAGGUCAUGGUCCUGAGCACUGUGUGACUCACAGCAAGCACAUAUGCCAGUCAUUUAUCUGGUGGCCUUGUUUAAUGGCCCUAUGAUUCUUAUACUUAAGACAGAAAGCUAGUGACAGAUUAUGAUAACUUGAAAAGGUGCAGUUGGCUGAAAUACUAAUGAUGAUAAUCAAGGGUAUAAAAGACACUUUUUUGAGAAUUGGUAUUGGGUCCCUGAACACUGACUAUUGGUAGUUUUGUUUCUGUUGAUAUAGUAAAAACAGCUGAAUUGUUACCUAUUUUAAAUAUUUUCAACCAGAAAUACACUUGAGUGCUGAGUCUCAAUAUUAGUACCUAUUCUGUAAUUAAUUUUUAUAUACCCAGACCUCUCAUGUACUCCAUGAUCUGCAGAAAACAGAUGGAGAGUUAGAUCUUAAUUCUUUAACAUUUUUAAAAAAGAAAAAUACUUGUAAUAUGUCAGUAUGUUCAGAGAAAUAAUCUCUGGUGGAAAAUCAGUUGUGCAGUUUCUUUAGAACUGCUUAGGCUCUAAUUAGUCAGCAAUCAGGUUUAAUAAAGUACGUUUUAAAUUUCUGUUAUAAUGAAACCUUUUAGUUCUAAGGAAAAAUUUGAAAUGAAAUGUCAAGUGCAUAAUGUAACAUUUUUCUCCAGACCACAUUACUCUGUUAAAAUUGCCAUAUUGUUAAUUAAACAUGUGUAGUUAGUGUGUGA